GUUCACAUCUAGAAUCAGGGGCUUUCCGGCACGGACAUCCUGAAAAGCGGGUUUCGGUGGUGCAUAAAACAUUCUGGAAGGCUCAGUGACAUUCAUUCGGUGUCAAAAGGAAUAAACACACACACGCUCACUCACUCACACACACAGAAACACCAGUGAUGGACGAGCAUCAAAACGAGUCGCUUAUUCAGCGCGUGCCGAGCGAAGAGACCGUGCUGAGCCGCGGACCGACACGGAACUCCAAUGCAAAGGCACUGAAGGUGACCGGACUGACGGUCCUGGCCUGUCUUCUCCUGGCAGGUCAGGCGCUGACCGCUUACCUCGUCUGGGGUCAGAAGGAGCACAUCAGUGCUCUGACAAGUGGCCAAGAGAAGCUGAAGACCGAGCUGACCCGAAAGAUGUCAGCUGGUCCUCCAAAGGCGAUGCACCUUCCCAUGAACAGCAUGCCGCUGCUGAAGGAUUUCUCUGACGAGACCUCUGACCAGACCUCCGACAAGAAAAAGAGCAGUCCCCUUGUGAAACUGCACCCAGUUUUCACAAACCAGAGAGAGGGCAGCGGACAACUGGACGGUGCUAGAAUGAUGCAUCUGCCAAUGAAGAGUAUGCCACUGCUGGUGGACGCAGAUGAGGAGGUGAAGAGCUCACCUGAGUCAGCUGUUGAGGUGGAGACCAAGUGUAUGCUGGAGUCUCAGAAGCAGGUGAGACCCGGAUUCUUCAAGCCUGAGUGUGACGCGCAGGGCAACUAUCUGCCCAUGCAGUGCUGGCACAGCACCGGAUACUGCUGGUGCGUGGACAAAGACGGCCAUGAGAUUCCGGACACACGCAUGCGUGGAAGACCCCAGUGUGGCUCAGUGUAAAGUCACGUCCACAACAGGACCUUCUUCUCCACCAAAAGAGAAUAACAGUUUUCUGUUCAAAUCCUAAUAACUGUCACUAGUUGCAGCUCCUGAAGAUCAGUCCAUCCAUGUGGAUGUAAUUCAGUGGAAAUAAUCCAAUAACCUUUCUACUUAAGAUCUCUUGUGAUCUGUGUUCAAUAUAGAUAAGCAUAAGUACGAUAUUUCUGAGAGAUGUUACCGCUGGCCUAACCUUUAUUCUUAUAAUAUCUGUAGUAAGUCUUCUGUGACAUUAUUUCUUUUUUUAAUUUUUAACCCACAGCAUGUUGUUAGAAGUAGUAUGAAUAUGAGAGUGAUUACAGGAGUGUAAAUAAGGCCUGAAAUAAACACAUGCUGUUUCCAAA